GAACCCACCAAGUUCCGCCUUCUUCUCCCCACUACAUUCAUACUGGAACUUCGUACUUGGAACUUGGAACUGUACUUACAGAGGUACGAGAAAGACUGACAUGAGACUUGGGCAAGUUUCUGCUGUUUUCAGGAGAUUUCAGAACUUCUACAGAGAGAGGACAUUCUCCUGUGAGUGAAACGAGAUGGAUGCUGACCAGGACAUCGAUGACGACACACACAUCUGCUUGAAGUGCCGGACGACCAUUGUCGGUUUGGACAACUAUGUGAAACACCGGAAAUCCGGCUGCACCACAAACAGUUCUACCAACCGUCCUCUGAACUCCCCUAUGAAAGUAGAGGUCGCAUCCAUGCCAAAGAUCACUACUACCAUGCCUCCAACACACAUAGAAAAUGACCCAAACCUCAAAGCAGACGAUUUCUUUUCCUCCUUGGAACUCCAAAGUAGCGCUAAGAAAACUACAGGAAGUUCACCAGGAAGUUCCAUCAAGAACGCCGGUGGCGUGAUAACACGAAGCAGGGCUUCCGCGGCCAUCCUGGCAUGCACUUCAUCACGUGAUGCCCAGUUCGCAAGUCAACAGAAGAGCAACAGUGAACUUCUGGGAAAUGUUUCCACAGAACUGUUCUCACCGCAAACAGACAUAGACACCGCUACAAGCACAUGUCUCAUGAAGACGGCGAGCCGCGAGAACGUCAUGCAGGCUGGUGUAGAGAGAAGCGACCUCGAAUCGGCUUGUGAAGAGGAAUCUAAUGAAGAAUAUGAGGAGGAAGAUGAGGAUGAGGAAGACGAUGGCUGUCCGCCCAGAUCACAUACUGGAGGCAAAUGGAAGCCUGGCGACUUGAUGACAAGAGGAUCUCCGCCAUCUUGGACAAGGACAUCCUCUUCUUCAACACACGCUGAUGAAUACCGAGGGAGUAGCACGGGAGGGUGGAGCCUGCUUCUGGAAGAUUGCGCGGGAAGUUCUACUGUGUCAUCGGACCCGCCACCAAACUUUACUGGAGGCAAAUGGAGGCCCACUCUUCCUAAUCAGGCGGUCAUGAACACGCAACAGGUUUGUCGUGGCACGAAUUCAGACUAUGAAGACUACCUGCUGCAUGAUAACAACGGAGGGAGAGACUCCACUGUCGCCAGAAUUGUUGAUAGUGCAAUCCCGAGGGUACCUCCUCCAGGUUAUAUGAGUGGUAAGUGGUUGCCGGGUAAGCAGGUCCAUCUGGAUGACGGGGGCAGCACGGAGAGUGGCAGUGUGGACAGCAUGAUGCUGAAUCCACCCCUUCGGAAGUCCGGCAGUACCAUCCAGUACUGGUGUGGGCAGUGCAACAGGCGACUCAGUUCCAGGACGCUGUACGAGAGGCAUUUGUUGUCCGAACUGCAUUUCAAGAGAACUGUACAGGAGCGAGAACUGGAAGACCAUCCGGUUAGGGCUCAGGGCGACUCCACUUACAGGACAAGUGAAAAGAGGACAGUAAAACUGACCGAGGUAUACCUCAACAGCGAACUGUGGGCCCGCAGAAAGAGACGACGACUGAACUCCGGUGCAAUUUCAGGGUCUCCAAAGAAAGAGAGGAGACGACGCAACGAGGUGCGCUGCGAAGUCUGCCGAUCCAGGGUGUUGAGGCACUUGCUGGGAAAACAUCUGGUGUCACACUACCAUUGUCGCAAGGCGCGCUCUGGCCACCCGCAGGCUGCAAGGCUUGUACUGGAGAACAUCCACAGCAUAGUACGUCAGGCGCCCUUCCAGUGCAGCCCUUGCAAAUUCUACUGCAACACUGAAGCCAGCUUCAAGCAACACUGGGCCUCCCAGGAGCACGAACGCACGGACUCCAAGGUGAGCGGACGUUAUUGGUGUUCAGUCUGCAAGUAUGAAUGUGAGAGUUCUGGGGACAUGGAGUGCCAUUUUGACAGUUCAGUGCACCGGGAGCUUGUGGCUGUCAUUAAUCGUUCAGUCCCUGUCGUGAUCCGGAAGCGAACAGUGCUCUCCUGCGGCGCUUGUGGCGAGGAGUUCCGCUACAACGCGCAGCUAAGGAGACAUGUCAUGCUGGCCGGACACCACGACUCCAGCACGGGCUCUGAUGAGUAUCAGGGGCGCUUCUGCUGCUCCGACUGCCGCUUCGUGGGAAACUCAUGCGUCUCUCUGCAACGCCACGUGCUUCACACGCACAAAGCGGAGAAGAGGGGCGCGUACUUCUGCAGCGCUUGCUCCCUCAACUUUGACACCGCGGAGGAAGCCGCUCUGCAUCGCCGUAGUCAGGAACACAAGUAUUCCGCCCUUGCCAGUAGGAGGGACAGGGGUUUGAGCGACGAAGUCCUGACAAAGAGGUGCCCUCACUGUGGGGAGGACUUUGGAAACGUGUUGCAGUUGAAGACACAUCUUCGGGAGAAGCACUCCGAGUUCCCCUAUAGAUGUGCGCGUUGUGGGAUGGCGUUCACGUUACCGCAAGAAGUGUCCCGCCACGUGAGAGAAGCAGCGUGCGUGUUCCGGCCCGACGAAAUGAAGUCGGACGCUCCAUCAGGCGGAGAUCAGGUGCCGGAGGUGGCUGGUGUGCCAAUUGCUUCUACAGAAGUUAGCAGUAAGGAGGCAGAGGGCGGAGAUUGCAGUUAUAUCACGUGCAGUCAGUGCUCCUAUCAAACUGACUCGCGAGCUGAACUACUCUUCCAUGAGGUUCUGCACGGAGACCCAAUCACUGAUCCCUCUGUUACAGAAGAUGCAAGUCGUGAAACUACCACAGUUCAGAGUCAGAAGGUGGCGAGGUACCAAUGUCCCCUGUGCACGCGAGUUUUCCGCAAGGCAGCUUUACGAUGUCAUCUGAGGACCCACACACAGGAACGCCCCUUUGUAUGUAGCAUCUGUUAUCGCGGGUUCGGACACAGGUCCUCAAUGAUUACACAUGUGAAGCAAGAACAUCGCGGGGAGGCGGGCUAUGUGUGUGACGUGUGUCCCUUCACUUCUGCAAACAGAGCCUCGCUGGAGAGGCACCGCCUGAUACAUACUGAGCGGAAGAAGCCCUUCCUCUGCGCCGUCUGCGGAGCCCGUUUCUUCCUCAAAAACGCACUGCAGCAACACAUGAAAGUGCACACGGGGAAGGACUUCAAGUGUCACCAUGAAGGCUGCAUCUUUGCCUGCAGGUCCCAGGCCGAACUUCGGAACCACCAGCAGGUCCACUCUGACCAGCGUCCGUACCAAUGCGACACGUGCAGCUACUCCGCCAAAACCAAGCCCCAGUUACUCAGGCACCACACGGUGCACCUGAUGCAGAAGCCCCACCAGUGCCCGCAUUGUCCCUUCGCUGCCAGGAUGGCGUCACAUCUCCGACGGCACCUUCGUUUGCACACUGGAGCCAAACCAUACCGCUGUCCCUACUGCCCUUAUGCGUGCAACAUUCUUGAGAACCUGAGGAAACACGUCCUGUCGACAUCCAAACAUCCAGGGAAGCACCUGUACGAAUGUCGCUUCUGCGGACCAGAGGACAGGUUCAAAUCCAACCUGGCGCGUGAAUUCCGCGCACACCUGGUCACGACGCAUCCUAACCACUUCGGGUCAGCCCUGCUGGCUGCGUCCUACGUUGCAGGGCUUUACGACGCCGACGAAGAUCCCAAGUUCGUUGAGAAGCCUAUCCAACUGCAGCCGCGCUGGAAGAGAACCAAGGCUGCAGCCGCUACAGAAGAUGAAAGGUUUCACAAAAUCCGUGAGGAAAGCCAGGAUAAUCGAAACGAGCCACAAGACUUGUCUGUUCAAGAAGAGACUUCUGUGACUGCGGGACUUGAAAUUACCAAGGAAACAAAAGCGGGGACCGAGGCUUCUGUGUCCAUACCAAAUAGCAAAAGCAACCAAGAGCAGUCACAAGAGGAUUCAGAAGAAUUACUUUCUAUGGUUGUUGUCAGCGAUCCUUCAGAUGACGUCAUCUAUAUCCAGCUUCCUCCUGAUUCAGAUGGAGGAGCAAUGGAACGUUAUUGUGAAUCUAUUCUCUUCCCUACGGAAGGUGAUGCUUUCUUGUCCGUGGAGAAUUUCAACAAAAGACAGUGUUCAGGUGGCGACACUACUACGAGCAGCAACAAUAUUGGCUGUGAGACCGCUGUUAUGCUUCCUGUCGGUGAAGAAGUGGAGAGAACAGAGAAAGUCACGGAUGAUGGAAACACGAGUCUUAUCAAAGGAAUUCCGCCCGAGCAGUGUCCUGAAGGCGAAAGCGAGAUGGAUGAGAUGACUGUGAUCACAGUGCCAUCUGGUGACGCUGGCGAGUACCUGAGGCUCCCUCAACAUGAGACGGAUGCAGGUCAGGGGCUUGAAGAGCCCAAUGGCUACCAGAAAGUUGUAACGCAGUCCCUCGAAGACGCAGCCCGUAAAGAGAUUAACACAGCGCAGCAGCAGCAACAGCGGUACCUCGUCAUCUUCAAAUAGAUCACAUAUUUUUUGUUUUUGCUACUGUACGAGUACCGUAAUGCAUGUCUGAUUAUCUGGUAACAGAACACGAAUGUUCGUUGUUUGACACAAUCCUAAGGGAAAUCCAUCGACUUCCCUGAACUUACAAUAUACGAGGGUAAGUCAAUACGUAAGUUAUAAAUGGAUAUCGAACUUAAACAUAAGGGUACUGAUUUGAAAAAUGCUUUUAUUUCUCAAUAUAAUCUCCCUGUACAUUGAGGCACUUGUCCCAU